GCGAUCGCUGGUGGCGCUGUCUACAUCGGAACUAUACACAUGAAACUUUAGGUUACAAACUCUACAAUUUUGAGCAGUAAAUUUUAUAAAAAUGAGAGACGUAAGUGGAUAUUUAAAGGAGCAGCAAAGUCAAGGAAGUGCAGAAAUAGUACAAGAAUGGACAGAAAUAGAGGAAUUGUAUAACAAAAAGCUAUGGCAUCAGUUGACAGAAAAACUUCUAGUGUUUGUCAAGAAUCAAGUGUUUGCAGAAGGCAAUGGACUUUUACAGAUGUACGAGUGCUUCAUCGCUGACUUUGAACAUAGAAUCAAUUUACUGUCACUUACAGAGAUUGCUCUAAUUAUUAUCAAGCAAUUCAAAGAAGAAUCAGAGGCAGUAGAGUUCUUGAACAAGUUAAAAGAAAAGGUGAAAGACAAUGUAGAAGCGACAGUUCUCUCCUCAACAGUUAUAGCAAUGAUCAUGCUUAAAACAAGUGAUCUGCAAACAACCAAGAAACUAGUUGAUGAAUGUCAGGCUUUGCUUGACAACAUAGAUGGCGUCACCACAGUACAUGGACGUUUCUAUGACCUCUCAAGCACCUACUACAAGAUCAUGGGUAACCAUGCCAACUACUACCGCGAUGCUCUUCGAUUCCUUGGAUGUAUGUCUAUUGACGACUUACCAGAGGAUGUAAAGAAGGAACGAGCCUUUAAUCUUUGUCUAGCUGCACUGCUUGGUGAUGGAAUUUACAACUUUGGCGAACUGCUUGCACAUCCCAUUUUGGAUUCAUUGAAAGGGACAGAUAAGAAUUGGUUAGUGGAUUUACUCUAUGCCUUCAACAGUGGAAACCUUGACAGGUUUGAAGAGUUAAGUAGUACUUGGAAACAACAGCCUGACUUAGCAGUAAGGGAGUUAAACUUGAGGCAAAAGAUCUGUCUGUUGUGCUUGAUGGAGAUGACAUUUACUAGACCAGCUAACAACCGCAGUAUUACCUUCCAAGAAAUAGCUGAUGCAACAAAACUGGAAAUGAAUGAGGUUGAGAUUUUAGUGAUGAAGGCUUUGUCAUUGGGGCUAGUUAAGGGUUCUAUUGACCAAGUAGAUGCCAAAGUACACAUGACAUGGGUACAGCCAAGAGUACUGGAUAAGCAACAGAUUUCUAUAAUGCAGGAGAGACUUGUUAACUGGUGUGAGGACGUGAAAUCUAUGCAAAAUCUGGUGGAGGUCAAAGCUCAUGAUAUCCUCGACAAGUUAUGAUCAUAUUUUACAUCAGGAAUGAAACCCUCACAAUUAAAACAGGACAACAUUCUAAAAAUGUGUUUUUCCUGAUUUAUAAAUAACAAUGUUUAUACUGUCCAUAUGCAUAUGUUAAAUGCAACUCUGUAAAAUUUAAUGUCAACUUAACGUACAACCAAUAGUGCUCAUGUUAUUUUAUUGUUCAGGGAUGCGUUAUAAUUGAACAGUGUUCAAAAUAAAGCAGUAAUGCUUUUUAUAGACUUUCCAUCCUUAGAUAUGGUAUUCAAGAUUUAGAUGGGGAGGGUGUCAUUGUGUUGUUUGCUGCCUUGAUCUACAUUCAGUCUUGCUAAGGGAAAUAAGGCUUGAUGCACUGAAAUCCCUAGACAGUUUAAUAAAAAAAAAUAUAUAUAUCCAGUAUAUGAAAUUAGCAACAAAUUCUGUGGAAACAAUUAUAAGUUGACAAUUUAAUUUAUGUUUAGUGCAGUCUAUAGUGCUUGCCUUUUCAGUUUUCUAGCUUUUUGCAGCAAGACUGGCUGUAGGCCUAUAAAUGUUAGU